AUGCCCGUGGACUUCAGUGGAACCUGGAACCUAGUCCGCUCUGAGAAUUUUGAAGGCUAUAUGUUGGCUUUAGGUAUAGAUUUUGCAACUCGCAAGAUAGCAAACCUGUUGAAGCUCCAGAAGGACAUAAAACAGGAAGGAGAUGUCUUUUCUAUCAGAACAACAAGCACUUUCCGAAACUAUUUUGUCGAGUUCAAAGUUGGAGAGGAGUUUGACGAAGACAACAAAGGAAUGGACAAUCGCAAAUGCAGAAGUGUGGUGACUUGGAACAAUGAUAAACUUGUCUGCACUCAGAACGGAGAAAAGAAAAACAGAGGCUGGUCCCACUGGAUUGAAGGAGAUGAGUUGUAUUUGGAGCUCCGUUGCGAAGACCAAACAACCACACAAGUUUUCAAGCGAGCGUGA